CCCUCUCCUAGUGCAUUACUCACCAAGGGCGCUCCUCUGGCCGAAGGACGCGGACGCUCACCGUUGCUUUGACCUCUUCUUCUUCUUCUUCUUCUCGCUUUCUCCCUUUCUCUCACAACGGAUAGAGAGAGAUAGAGGACAGAGAAGAAAACAUAGUCUAUUUCUCCUGACGUAUAGACAUAGGAAAGCAUACAGGUACACAAGAAACUUGAAGCAAAAACAAAAACACAAGAGACACGGCCACCUGUGGAAGUGUAUGUUAAAAAAAAAUAAAGAAAAUGAAUAGAUUUUUAUACAAGUAAAUCAGAGAAUGAGGAGAAACUGAAGCAAGAUUCACAACCACGAGAGGAAACCGAAGAAAGAAACACGAAGAUGAGUGCUUCGCGUUAUCACAAGGCAAUACCAGCCAGGGUAUCCCUCGCCUUCAUGACAGCGGCUGGUGUGAUGGUGUUAUACAUGCUGAGGAUCAACCUCUCUGUUGCGAUCGUCGCUAUGGUCGAGACCCCGAUUGCGAAGGGCGAGGGCAACACCUCCGCGCCGCCAGGGCCUCCUGUCUCUGAUCGAACCUCAUCCACUUUAACUCCCAUUUCCUGUCGCCCUCAGACCCCUUGGCUCAACCAGACGCGCGAAGGACAAGGAACGACCAACAACACGACUCAUGCAGAGAGUUACACUGACCUUCCCCUUGAUGAGCAGACCGGGGAUCGCAUCGUACUAUCCGGGACGCAGAAGGGGCUCAUCCUCGGUGCGUUCUUCUACGGCUACAUCUUCACGAACAUUCCCGGCGGUCGCUUGGCUGAAGUCUACGGAACGAAACGCGUGUUUGGAGGGUCAAUGCUAAUGAGCAGUCUGCUGACACUUGGCACCCCUCUGGCAACCCACCUGCACUAUUCAGUUCUCAUCGUUCUUAGAAUGAUGAUAGGCCUCUGUCAGGGCGUCGUGUACCCCGCCCUCCACGUGAUGGUGGCUCGCUGGAUCCCGCCCUUAGAACGCCCACGCUUCAUGUCCUUCACAUAUAUGGCGAACUGCGUGGGCUUGAUCCUGACGAUGCCUGCGUGUGGGUUCAUCAUCGAUGCCGUCGGCUGGCCCACGGUCUUCUACGCGAGCGGUUCGGUCUCUCUGGUCUGGGUGGUUCUCUGGUUCGCUCUCAUGCACGACUCCCCCGAACGGCACCCGAGGAUCUCGCCCGAAGAACGCCGGUACAUCCUGGAGGCGCUCGGGAAGGACGUGACUGUGAAGCCCAAGCGUACCCCAUGGCGCGGGAUAAUGACCAACCUGCCCCUGUGGUCCAUCAACAUGGCUCAUGUGGGUGCCAUGUUUGGCUUCACGCUCCUCAUGACCCACUUGCCUUCGUACAUGAGCAGCGUUCUCGGAUUCUCCAUCAAGAGUAAUGGGCUGCUGUCGGCCCUUCCGUUCCUGACGCAGUUCCUGGGCAGUAACGUGUGUGGCUUGCUGGGCGACUUCCUCCUCACAAGAGGCUACAUCACCGUCCUCACAUCGCGGAAGAUAUUCACCACCGUUUCUCUGGUGUUCCCCGCGGCCGUCCUCGUCGCCGUCGGGUACGUGGGCUGCAACAGCAUCGCCGCCGUCGCCAUCUUCCCCGUUGGCACAGCCUUCGCCGGCGCCAUCUGCUCCGGCUACCUGGCCAAUCACCACGACCUCUCGCCCAAUUUUGCGGGUACGAUUUAUGGCGUGACAAACACCAUCGCCUUCGGAGUGGGUAUGUGCGUGCCCGUGGUGGUGGGUGCCAUGACUCCGGACCAGAGUCUGGACCAAUGGCAGGCAGUGUUUUGGGUGUCGGCUGCGAUGUACUUGGGGACGUGGCUUUUCUAUGUCGUCUUCGCCUCCUCUGACAUCCAGCCGUGGAACAGCGAUGGAGGAGAAAGAGAGAAGGGAGUAAACGGGGUGGAGAAUAACCACGGCGAGGAAGAGCUGGAAUCUCUGAAUAAGACGAAGGAUGAGGCAUAAGGAGUUAGCUGAGGAAGGUGUCAUCAGGUCAAAGGAUGAAAUGAAAUGCAAAUAAAUAAAUAGAUUGAUGAUGUUUUUUAUAUCGAAUGGUGUA